AUGGCUUCUCAAUUUCUUUCAUUUUCAAAGACGAAUUAUCAGUUUCUACCGGACAAUGAAAGCUAUUAUGAGUUCUAUAAAGAGCAGGAGGAACUGAAUGGUUAUUAUAAAACCCUGUGUCAUUUUACUCCCUUUUUCACCAUCCCAAUAUAUGCUGAAGCUUUUUAUUGCAUCGUUUACAAGUGUAAACAAUUCAGCCCAAAGUAUGUGCAAUUAUUAACAGUUCAUACAUUCUUGCAUUUAUUUGCUGAAGUAUACUGGACUGUGCUUCUUCUUCCUUGUGUAAAUCUUCCAACUAUUGGAGUUUCAGCCGAAGGUUUUUUGAGUGUUCUGAAAGUAUCUGCCAGCUGGCAAAUAUUUUUCAUGUGUGGACUUUUGCAAAUUGGUACUGCAACAAUGAUCCACUUGUUGAUAUAUCGGCUAAAAUUUGCUGUUCCUUCUCAUGCUGCAAAUAGUCAAUGCGUCAAAUUUAGUGCUGUUGCUGCAAACCUUUUCUACUAUUGCACGGCUAUUCUCUGUACAUGUGCUCUGGGAUUCAUGGAUGAAGAUCAGUUGGUGGCUAAAAACAGAAUUCUGAAGAAGUAUCUCGUACCUCAUCCGAAUCUUUGGGAUGUUCGGUUUGUGUCAACUGAUAAAGAAAAUCCAACAUUCUUGUACUAUUUGUACAUAACUGUUGGGGAAAUAACAAUUCUUAUAAUCAAUAUUAUAGCAGUUCCUACCAUUUCAUUUCAUUACCUCUCAGCAAAUCGAACAGAAAAGUCUGAUCGAUUGGCCAGAGCUCACAGGCAAACACUACAAGUUUUGGUUUUCCAGCUUGCAAUUCACUGCUUAUUUCAUUUACUCCCGUUGAUUUGCUUUACAAUUUCUGCAAUUUUUAGAAUAAAAAACGUUUUUGUGCUCUCAGUUGGAGCGUAUAUCUGGGCAUUGCACGGAGCAGCAUGUACGCUUGCUCUGAUUCUUGCCAAUAAGCCAUUCAGAAUCACAGUCAAAGAACAUCUGAAAUACGUUUUCUGCUGCUUAUGUUGUGAACCAGCAACCAAACAGCCAAGCAUCGGAUUACGACGAGAAUCCACACAAAUGUUAGACACAUGUACCCACAUGUACCCCUACUUAGGGCACCGGUUCCAAUGUUGCUGCAUCAAGGCAAUCGUGGUCGAGGGUCCUUCGGUGAGCUGUUUUUUUCUUCGUCGCAUUUUUUUAUUGCUCCUAAUGGCUUCUUCAUUCCUACCGGACAAUGAAAGCUAUUAUGAGUUCUAUAAAGAGCAGGAGGAACUGAAUGGUUAUUAUAAAACCCUGUGUCAUUUUACUCCCUUUUUCACCAUCCCAAUAUAUGCUGAAGCUUUUUAUUGCAUCGUUUACAAGUGUAAACAAUUCAACUCGAAAUAUGUACAGAUAUUGAAAGUUCAUACAUUCUUACAUUUCUUGGCCGAAAUAUACUGGACCGUGCUUCUUCUUCCUGUCAUUUGUCUUCGAAGUAUUGGAGUUUCAGCCGAAGGUUUUUUGAGUGUUUUGAAAGUAUCUGCAAGCUGGCAAAUAUUUGUCAUGUGUGGACUUUUACAAAUCAGCACCGCAACAAUGAUCCAUCUGUUGAUAUAUCGGCUGAAAUUCGCUGUUCCUCCUGAUGCUGCAAAUAGUCAAUGCGUCAAAUUUAGCGCUGAUUCUGCAAACUUUCUCUACUACUGCACCGCGAUUUUCUGUACAUGUGCUUUUGGAUUAAUGGAUGAAGACCAAUUGGUUGCUAAGAACAGAAUUCUUAAGCAGUUCCGACCAUUUGAUUUCAUUAUCUCUCAGCGAAUCGAACAGAAAAGUCUGAUCAAUUGGCCAGAGCUCACAGGCAAACACUACAAGUUUUGGUUUUCCAGGUAUCAAAAAAGAAAGUAA